AUGAGUGGGAUGCUUGGCCGGUUGGAGGUGAUCUCGGAGAAGCUGACGAGCAAGAUCCCCAACUACAGAAGCUGCGCAAGACGGAGAAAGAUGCAGGAGAUGAUCCGAAUCGAGGAAGGCAAAGCGGUCGUGGCCUCAAGCUCAACAGGCAUGAAGAGAGAACGCGGCUUCAUGCCAGCAGGAGGAGCGGAAGACAUUGACUACAGAGUCUUGCAGCAAGACGCGGGCACGCGCAGCGCCAAGCAACGUGCUGCUGCGGCCGGGGGUAAUCUGGAGGCGGGCAAGCGCCAGAGGAGCUUCGUGCGAGACCGACUUUUGAUGGAGACCUGGUUGGAGGGGCGCGCCUGCUACAACUACCUUACCUACCCUCCUUUGCCAGCUUUGUCCUUGGACAAUAUCGACCAUGCGACGCAGGCGCGAGCGAGCCCCUUGACUUAUGAGCGCACGGCGAGGCUCCUUCUGCUGCCCGCCUCUGUGGCACCUUUUAUGGCCGCGCCGCUGAGCUUUGAGGAGUUGGCUCGGGGGCUUUACGAUUUCGACAGUGCUCGCACCACGGUGGACCAAGAGCUGCGCUUUGCAGGGCUCCUUUGGCGCAGCGCAGUUAACGUUCAGGCGCCCGUUCCGUGCGUGUUCUGGAAGCGUCCGUGGUCCACGCUGCAGCGGACGCAUUUGCGGGGCGAGACGCGGGAGGGCUAUGCGGUUGAUGAAAGUGAAGAGUCCUCCAUCUUCGAGCAUGGCAAGGUGCCGAAGAUCUGGCUGGUCUCAGAGACCAGCUCUUCCAACGAGCGUGAGAGCAUCACUGGGAGGCCGGCAGGCUCCAGCUCAGGAAGCUCGGGGUCAGCAGGUAAAGCUGUGCCACCAGGCGGCAAAGCCGCGCCACCAGGGGGAGGCCACGCAGUGUUCCAGAAGGACUUGACGAAGUCCUGUGCGGUGGUUGCUCUGUCAGAUCCGGGAUCCGACCUUGAGAUGCGCUGUAAGGAGAUCUUGGACGGCAUCCCCAAAGAUGAGGCCGGGCGCCUGACUUCCUUUGGCAGCAGUGCCCAUGGCCAAGGGACCUGCAAACCGUGUGCGUAUUGGUUCAAGGGGUGCUGUCAAAAUGGAGUUGCGUGUCAUAACUGCCAUUUCAUACACGAAGGUCAGAGGCCAAAACGGCUCAGGCCAAAGCAAGCCAAGUCCAAAGGCGCUGCAAGCGCGUCGGACGACGUAGAGAGAAGAAGAAGAAGGACCAGCAGCGCGCGUGGAUGGCCCAGAGCCUGGCAGACCAUUGGGCGAUCGUGUGAUACCAUCAGCCCCGGGUCCGGUGGAGAAGGCUGCUUCUUUGGAUGGUCAGGUAACUUCUGCAACACUGCAGGCAGUGUGUGA